ACUUUACCGCGUAUUUCGGAAAUGGCAUCUAAUAGAUCUCAAGAUCGUGAUGCCAGAGAACUACCGGCUCCAAGCGUAGGCGACUACAUAGUUGGUACGGAAAUUGGUCGCGGCUCUUUUGCAACAGUCUACAAGGGAUAUCAUAAGAAAACCCAAAAGCCUGUUGCGAUCAAAUCGGUGCUGCGAUCAAAGCUUACUAAAAAGUUGUUAGAAAAUUUAGAAUCAGAAAUAAAAAUUUUAAAGG